CAAAGAAUGAGAAAAGUGAAAAAGCUACUGAAAUUAUACAAAAACAUCUUGAUGUAAUUAAAAAACGAAUUCCUACUUUUAAAGCAGCCUUAACUAAAGCAAUUAAAAAAACUUAUAAAAUUACAACUACAGCAAAGAAUGCACAUUUGGUUUUAGAUGAUGGAAAAAAAAAAGAGAUAACUCAUAUAAAAGAUCAAUUAGAAGAAAUUGAUGAAGUUAUCAUAUUUAUUAAAGAUUUACAAAAUGAUUUGGAAUUUUAUGAUAAAAUUAUUGAUGACUACCGUAUAAAAAGUCAAGAAGUUGAGGUACAACUUGAAGAGAAUAUAAAUCAUGCAGAAAUAGAUAAAAUUUCUUUAAGAGAUCUUAAAUAUAGUGUUGAUGAUUUGAACAUUCCACAUUCAAAACUUCCUAAUAGAAUUAAUAAAGAUUGUAUUAGUUUUAAUGUAAAUAUUUGUUUCUCAGAUGAGACAAGCCAAGUUGUAGGUACUCCAAAUAAAGGUCAUCUUACAGAUUUUCUAUGGGUUGAUGGUGAAUAUAUUACAGAGGUAUCAUAUAUGAAGGGAAAGUACAUUAAUGGUAUAGAAAUUAAAACUAAUGGUGGUCGUAGCACAGGAUGGCAAGGCUCUCAUAGUGGUCGAAAGGAACGAAUUAUUCAGGAUUUUUUAGUAAUUGGUUUUCAAGUUGGCAGGGAUUAUAUGGGACUUUUUCUGAAGGAAUAU